CUGCCGUCCGCUCGCCUGCUUGGUUUAUCUGGAGAACGAAGAAGAAGAAGAAGAAGAAGAAGAAGCAGAAGAAGCGUUCCGUUGGGACUAAACGCGAGUUAAACUGCGGCCUGGGAACGGAUUCAGUGGAUGGUUACGGAAACAAGUCCAAAAAACUCAGGUCUCAGAUGUGAGUGUGAAGCUGGCGCGUGUGAAUCCAGAGUAAACAGUGAUGCCACAUCAGUGAUGGACCCUAUGGCCGUGAGCACGUCCGCGACGGGUCAGGAUGAGUUUGACCGCAACGCGCCGCGGAUCUGUGGGGUGUGUGGAGACAAGGCCACCGGCUUCCACUUCAACGCCAUGACCUGCGAGGGAUGCAAGGGCUUCUUCAGGCGCAGUAUGAAGCGCAAGGCGAGCUUCACCUGCCCCUUCAACGGGAACUGCACCAUCACCAAAGAUAACCGGCGCCACUGCCAGGCCUGCCGUCUGAAGCGCUGCGUCGACAUCGGCAUGAUGAAGGAGUUCAUUCUGACAGACGAGGAGGUGCAGAGGAAGAAGGAGCUGAUCCUGAAGAGGAAGGAGGAGGAGGCGGCGCGGGAGGCUCGUAAACCUCGUCUGAGCGACGAACAGAUGCAGAUCAUCAACACGCUGGUGGAGGCGCACCACAAGACCUACGACGACUCGUACUCCGACUUCGUCCGCUUCAGGCCUCCGGUCCGUGAGGGACCAGUCACCCGCAGCGCCAGCCGGGCCGCCUCUCUACACUCACUGUCUGACGCCUCGUCUGAUUCAUUCAACCAUUCCCCAGAAUCUGUGGACACUAAGCUGAACUUCAGUAAUCUGCUGAUGAUGUAUCAGGACAGCGGCGGCAGCCCGGACUCCAGCGAGGAGGAUAACUCCCGUCUGUCCAUGUUACCUCACCUGGCCGACCUCGUCAGCUACAGCAUCCAGAAAGUCAUCGGCUUCGCCAAGAUGAUCCCCGGCUUCAGGGACCUGACAGCAGAAGAUCAGAUCGCUCUGCUGAAGUCCAGCGCUAUUGAGAUCAUCAUGCUGCGCUCCAAUCAGUCCUUCAGUCUGGAGGACAUGAGCUGGAGCUGUGGAGGACCGGACUUCAAGUACUGCGUCAACGACGUCACCAAGGCGGGUCACACUCUGGAGCUGCUGGAGCCGCUGGUGAAGUUUCAGGUGGGUCUGAAGAAGCUGAACAUGCAUGAAGAGGAACAUGUGCUGCUGAUGGCCAUCUGCCUGCUGUCUCCAGACCGGCCGGGCGUCCAGGACCACGCUCGAAUCGAGGAGCUGCAGGACCGCCUGUGUGACGUCCUGCAGGCCUACAUCCGGAUCCAUCACCCCGGCGGCCGUCUGCUGUACGCCAAGAUGAUCCAGAAGCUGGCGGACCUGCGCAGCCUGAACGAGGAGCACUCCAAGCAGUACCGCUCGCUGUCCUUCCAGCCCGAGCACAGCAUGCAGCUGACGCCGCUGGUGCUGGAGGUGUUCGGCAGCGAGGUGUCCUAGCGUCCCAGAGCCCCCCGGCCGCUCGCGGGGCACGGCUCUAAGCUACGGGGAGUUCCCCAGAGGAAUGUAUUAAUAAUGUAUGGAUAGAACGAUGCAUAUAAACUAAUAUUUAUAUUUAAGAGAGAGAGAGAGAGAGAGAGAGAGAGAUAGAGAUAGAAGUGGUUUGUAUUAAAUGAAAACGUAUGGCCAGGUGAUCCUCUGUUGUAAUAGGAUUAGCAGGCUCUUCUAGUUCAUGUGCAUAGAUGAGUGUGUGUGUGUGUGUGUGUGUGUGUGUGUGUGUGUGUGUGUGUGUGUGUGUGUGUGUGUGUGUGUGUGUGAGACGUGCACAA